GCCGCUGCCCCGAGCGGCGGUGCGAGCGAGGGCGGCGGCGCCUGCGCGGUGUGGAGUUCGCGCCUCUCCUCAGCCGUCCUUGCGGGCCGGGCGGCGGAGGCGGCGGGAUGGAGCGCGAGGCGGAGCCGCGUGCGUGAGGCCGAGGCGGAGCCGCUGCGGCAGCGAGCGGGACCCCGACGUGAUGAAUAUCAGAUCCAUGCUGAGCAGGAAGAUGCUUUCUGAAACUUCAUUUUGGGAUAUUGACAAGAGUAGCUGCGUCUGAGCCGGCACUGGGACUGGGAAAAGUUCUCUGCUGUUGUCAUAUAACAAUUUUAUUGGCUUCCUCAGGAAGAAGAAUGAAAUAUCGAGCAAGCAGGAACUGAUGGGAGUCUGCUGUGGGAAGGGAGGUGUGAUGGACAGGUAGCAGAAGAUUUCACUUUGAUAUCAGGGAAUCAGAAUGACCGAGUGCUUCCUGCCUCCCACCAGCAGCCCCAGUGAACACCGUCGGGUAGAACACAGUGGGGGUCUUGCUCGUACUCCCAGCUCUGAAGAGAUCAGCCCUACAAAAUUCCCUGGGUUGUACCGUACUGGUGAGCCUUCGCCACCUCACGACAGCUUGCAUGAGCCUCCAGAUAUAGUAUCUGAUGAUGAAAAGGAGCAUGGGAAGAAGAAAGGAAAAUUUAAAAAGAAAGAAAAAAGAACGGAAGGUUAUGCUGCCUUCCAAGAGGACAGUUCUGGCGAUGAAGCUGAAAGUCCUUCCAAGUUGAAGCGGUCCAAGGGAAUACAUGUCUUCAAGAAACCCAGCUUUUCCAAAAAAAAGGAAAAGGAUUUUAAAAUAAAAGAGAAACCCAAAGAUGAAAAACACAAGGAAGACAAGCAUAAGGAAGACAAACACAAAGAGAAGAAGUCGAAAGACUUAACUGCAGCAGAUGUUGUAAAACAGUGGAAAGAGAAGAAGAAAAAGAAAAAGCCAAUUCAAGAGCCAGAGAUACCUCAAGUGGAUGUUCCAAGUCACAGACCUGUGUUUGGCAUUCCGUUGUCUGACGCAGUAGACAGGACCAUGAUGUACGAUGGCAUCCGCCUGCCUGCAGUUUUCCGUGAAUGUAUAGAUUACGUAGAGAAGUAUGGCAUGAAGUGUGAAGGCAUCUACAGAGUUUCAGGAAUAAAGUCAAAAGUUGAUGAGCUGAAAGCAGCCUAUGACCGAGAAGAAUCUCCCAACCUGGAAGAAUACGAGCCCAACACAGUAGCCAGCUUGCUGAAACAGUACCUACGAGAACUGCCUGAAAACCUGCUGACCAAAGAGCUAAUGCCCCGCUUUGAAGAUGCUUGUGGAAAGAGCACAGAAGCUGAGAAAGUCCAGGAGUGCCAGAGGCUGCUGAAAGAGCUGCCCGAGUGUAACCAUCUCCUCAUUUCUUGGCUCAUUGUGCACAUGGACCACGUUAUCGCAAAGGAACUGGAAACAAAAAUGAACAUCCAGAAUAUUUCUAUAGUGCUCAGCCCUACUGUCCAGAUCAGCAACCGUGUCCUGUAUGUAUUUUUUACACAUGUUCAAGAGUUCUUUGGGAAUGUGACCCUAAAACAGGUAACAAAACCUCUUCGUUGGUCAAAUAUGGCGACCAUGCCGGCACUACCAGAGACACAGGAAAGCAUCAAAGAAGAAAUCAGACGACAGGAGUUCCUACUGAACUGUUUACACCGAGACUUGCAGGCAGGGAUAAAAGACUUAUCCAAAGAAGAGAGACUCUGGGAGGUGCAAAGAAUUUUAACAGCUCUUAAGAGGAAGCUGAGAGAAGCCAAGAGACAAGAGUGUGAAACAAAGAUUGCACAAGAAAUUGCCAGCCUUUCCAAGGAGGAUGUCUCCAAAGAAGAAAUGAAUGAGAAUGAGGAAGUUAUAAAUAUUCUACUUGCUCAGGAGAAUGAGAUUUUAACAGAGCAAGAAGAACUGCUGGCCAUGGAGCAGUUUCUGCGGAGACAAAUAGCCUCAGAGAAGGAAGAAAUCGAUCGCCUUCGUGCAGAAAUAGCUGAAAUACAAAGUCGCCAGCAGCAUGGCCGGAGUGAAACAGAGGAGUAUUCUUCAGAGAGUGAAAGUGAGAGUGAGGAUGAGGAGGAGCUGCAGGUCAUCCUGGAGGAUUUGCAGAGGCAGAAUGAGGAGCUGGAGAUAAAGAACAAUCACCUGAACCAAGCAAUUCACGAGGAGCGAGAGGCCAUCAUUGAGCUGCGCGUGCAGCUCCGGCUGUUGCAGCGAGCCAAGUCAGAGCAGCAGGCACAGGAGGAGGAGGAAGCGGAAAAGCGUGGGGCUGCUUCUCAGCAGCAAAGGGACGGGGUCCUGGAGACGAAAGCAGCCAAAGAGCAGCCAAAAGCAAGCAAGGAGCAGCAAGUGAAGCCAUCUCCAAGCAAAGACAGGAAAGAGACUCCUAUUUGAUCAGGCUCUUGGGUAUUUGUAACGUAACAUCAACCACCGUGUGCAAAUAACUGACAUUUGGGUCAAACUGCACAACUGGUUGCUGGCUGUGCGCAUCCUGUAAAGAACUUUGUCUGCUAAGCCUGGAGACUGCUGUCUCUACUCCUUGUGGCUUCUGCUCAUCACUCAGGUGAGUGCAGAGAGGCCAGAAGAGUUCUCCAGCUUCUAUCAGAUUAUUUCAAGACUGGUUUCCUUCAGGUGAUUUACAAUAAUUCCGUAACAGUUUUAUUUUAAACCAAACCCAUUCUUUACAUUCAUCAGAGCAGAACUGAAGGUCUCAUUUCCAGCAAAUGAGAGCAAACACCGACACGUACUCAUUAUUUGCCCCGCGAUUCUACUCAUUCACCAUUAUUUCUGCUUAUUAACCUCGUCACUUCUUGCUUGUGCCUUUGAUACCUUUCUGAUGCAGAUUAUAUACAUGGGAGCUUUAAAUUUAUCCUUGGUUGGCUGAAAAGGUGGGAGACUGUGGGGUAUCACGUUUACCUGACAUGCCCUUAAACUUUUUUUUUUUGUUUUAAGGUGUACUGAAUAAAUGUGAAACUUGACAGAUGUUACUUAUGUCUCUGUAUGAUGGAAACGUUCACCAAGAGCUGGUGGUGUGUGGCAGUGCAGCUGAUGCAUCUGCUCACUCGUAAACCAUCGUCACACCCACGGUGAGACAGGUCUGUGCUGCUGCCCUACAGCAAGGCAGUGCUGCGUUCCUCCCUGCAGGAGCGGCACCAGCUGGAGGCGCCGAGCCCAGCAACAGCCUUGGGCUGGCGUUGUAAGUCAGCCUGGUGGCUGCUUUAUUUCCUGCCUCCACCCCUCCGAAACCUUCGGCCCUGCAGGCAGCUGAGGGCCGUUCCUGUUUCUUCGUGACGUUGCUGUCACGAGCGCCCUCUCCGUCGGCCCCUGGGGCAGGUGCAGAGAGCUGCUCUUAUUUCUCAAUCGGGGUAUUUAUUUUCAGCACCUGUUGGACGUGGUUAUAAUUCUGUAUCUAUUGCACUGUUGUGAAGCAUUGGCCAUGAUUUGAUUUUGUACAAAUAAUGCUUUGAUAUGUUAUAGAAAACUGCAUAGUAUUUUUUUAAAAUUUGGAAAGAAGUUUAUAAACACAAAAAGCGGUCAGAUGACAGAUGUUAAAUAGAGCAUUCUCCCUUGCCUUCGUUACAUACAUUUUAUAUAUGCUGGCAAUAUUUAAACUUUUUUUUUUGUUGUUUCUUUCACACUAAUUCCUAUUGAAUUGUCACGGAUUUUUCUAAUGUUCUUCAGAAAAAUCUCUUAAUCUGGUUAACUUUUAUUUUGUUAGGAUUGUAUUUAUCAAGCAAAUAAAUUCAACAGCCAUUUGAAAGGA